AUGGAAAGAAUACCGGAAAUUCCUUUUCCUCCAUUUGAUGAUGCAGAAUCAAAACCCGUUAGAAGUAAUGGUGAUUUGGCUCACUCUGAAAGCCUUAAUCUUUCUUUGUCUGACAGUUUUGUGACGGCCCAUGAUGGUUCCACGAUAUGUUCUGAUCAGUUUAGAAGUAUGACAUUUGACAGCUUCCGGAGUGUCUCCACCGAUACGUUUACUACUCCGCCAGCGUCGGAAACAUCAAGGAGUAGAUAUGCUGUGAGAGAAUUACCCCGGUCGAUAACCAUAACUUCGUCUGAUGAUGUGCCUGACGAUCAGACAUUUCGUGAUUCCUCGGACUCUCAACAAACUGUCAAGAGUGCUGUUCUAACUAAUGGAAAAUUUGCUUCUGAAUCCUUUUUAUCGCAUAGCAAAAGCCAAAAUUCUAUGAAAAGUAUUAAGCAACGUAUGUCGAGUGGGAACUUAAGUUCUAUGAGCAGCUGUUUUCGCUCAAACAGUGAAAAGUUAAAAGAUAAAGGAAAGGGCAAAGAGAAAGUUGGAACAAGUAAAGCUAAGAAAGGUUCUCGCAUAUCUCUGCCAUUGUCUAAGUCACUUCAACAUUUCUUCCGAGACUCUCAAAUGAUGAAGACCCCUGGUAGUAACAUUACUACACCAUCCGACCGUUUAAACAGUACAGCUACUACACCUGAUGAAAAGUCUGAUGUUACUAAGAAAAGAACUGGUGGUACUAAAGCCUUGCUUAUCCAGAAGGUUGAUGGCCGAUAUUUAUUCGGCCGCUACCAAACCUGCCAAACAAAAAACUGUUUACGCUAUCGCAUACAGCUAGCAACAUCUUAUUAUGUUCUAAAAUAUAUACGGCUGUCUAUCGGUGGAAAUAUAAGUCAAACCAUGUUAGCCAAGAAUUGUGACAAAGCACAACACAAUGUUCUUAUUGGUUUAGAAUUGUAG